AUGAGUCGAGAAAAGUUUUAUUUCCUUCCUGAAGAUGCUCCACCAACAUUUUCGCGUGACGAGAGCUUAGAAAAGCUACCAUUGCCUAAAUUAGAAGAGUCUUUGGAAAGAUACUAUCGAAAUUUACUUCCGUUUGGUGAUAAGAGUGAAUUAGAGAACUCCAGAAAAGAAAUUGAGGAGUUUAAAAAUGGAAUUGGGAAGAAAUUACAUAAAAUGCUUGAAGAUAAGGCUUCUAAGGAGAGAAACUGGGUUGAAAGGUAUUGGGAAGAUUUUGCUUAUCAUGAACUAAGAUUCCCGCUAUCUCCAUUCUGCAUUAUGGCACAGCCAUUGAUUGUUGAGUCAGUUGGUGUUGAAGAAAGCAGAAGUAAUAGAUUAAAAGCUAGCGCUGUGAUUGCUUAUCAUUCAGGAAAAUUCUGGGAAUUGAUUAGAACAGAACGACUUCGACCACCGACUAAUCCAGAUGGAAGUGUGACAUUCUCAUCGAACCUUUAUCGUAGAUUGUACAAUACAUGUCGUGUACCAGGUGAAACAAUGGAUAGAGUAGACGAAUAUUUCAAAACAGAAAGCGAAGGUGAAUGUCCAUCUAUUGCCAUUGUUGUGUCUAAAGGUCGUGUGUUUUACUUCGAUUUUAUUGCAAAUGGAACAACUAUUUCGCCUCAAGAGUUCCUUUAUAUAUUUUCAAUGAUCCGUGAUAGAGUUGAUAAUGAAGAUUUAGAAAAAGGAAUUCCAAUUUUAACAGGUGAUGAACGAACAAGUUGGGCUAAGAAUCGUAAUUACCUCAAAGAACUCUCCAAAGACAAUGCAGAGUAUUUAAAAAUAAUUGAAUCAGCUGCAAUGACUUUCUGUAUGGAGGAUGAAGAGCCAAUCAAUUAUUCUGACACGUCAUACUACACACUUUGUGGAGACUAUCAUUCACGAUGGCUUGACAAAGCAUCCUCUAUGGUUUCUUUUAAGAACGGCAAGUUUGGAUGUAUUGGGGAACAUUCAGCAUAUGAUGGAACUAUUUCUAUUGCAUUUUCAACAUUUAUUUUACUAAGCUUAAUGGAAGAACAAGAACCUGACUGGACAGAAGAUCCUAAACUUAAAAUCAUUCCUAAAGAAGCUGCAUUCGAACUUGACGAUCAGUUAAGAAGUGAAAUAAUUAGAGUAGAACAAUUUUUAGAAGGAAUUAAAACUUCAGUCACUGCUGUUUGUCAUCAAUAUGAAGGCUACGGCAAGAAAAUCAUGAAAGAUCACAAAAUUCAUCCUGAUUGCUAUGUUCAAAUGGCUCUUCAACUUGCUUACUAUAAAAUGCAUGGAAAACUUGCUCCAACUUAUGAAACAGCCACAAUGAGAGUCUAUUACCAUGGAAGGACUGAAACUGUUCGUUCAUGUUCAAUCGAAGUUAAAGAUUGGCUUGACAAGUGGUUCGAUAACAAGUCUACCUCAGCUGAAAAGGCAAAGUUCUUUAGAGAAGCUGCCAAUUCACAGCACAGACUAAUGAAUGAAGCAAGAAAAGGCAAAGGAUUUGAUCGACACCUAUUUGCCCUUUGGUGUUUGGCAUAUGAAAAUAAAAUGGAAAUUCCAUCAUUCUAUAGCGACCCACUCUAUGCUAAAUCAGGCGGAGGUGGAAAUUUUGUCUUAUCUACCUCAACAUUAGGAUACACAAUAAAUGUUGGUUUUGUUGCUCCUAUGGUUCUUGAUGGAUAUGGAGUAUUCUAUUCCAUGCUCGAUGAUAGUGUUUGGAUCAUCAUCACAGCUUAUCGUGACAGUGAAGUCACGUCAGCUAAGAAAUUUUUGGAUUCGUUCGAAAGUUCAAUGCAAGAGAUUAAGGAUGUGUUGGAAAAUGCAUCGCCAAGUAAAUUAUAAGUUUUAUGUCUUAAUAUCAGAGCUGCUUGCUGAUUGGUUAAAAUCAAA